AUGACGCGCAUAGACGUUUCGAUUAUCACAGCCGAUCUCAGCGUGAAAGUGGUUACCGAGUACAGUACAUGGCCAGGUGUAUUUGGCCUUCACGAGUUGCAGGCUAAACAGGGAUCUUUGACUGAAGAGAAAGAUCAAGAAGAUCGACAAUGCAGUCAGAAAGCUAGAGUGGCAAACAGUGUUCAAGAGGGUGGCACAGCUGUCUGCGGGGUGCACAUCUGUUUUUUCCAAAUCGUCGCCGCCUUGGCGCUGGGUGCGUCUUUGGAGUCGAACGCAGCUACUGGAUUUCUGUACACGAUCGACAAAACGGCGCACAGCACUGGACGCCUCGUGACGAGUACUCUGACGAUGUUUCUGGUCAUCUAUGGUCAUUACAUACUCGACGUUUUUUCGAAAUACUACGCCAUUCUGAUGGUGUUUUCUGGACUGCACGUCGUUUACUGGCUGGUGCUGCGUAUGCAGUUUAGAAAGGUGCCAUUCACUUGA